AUGGCUAAUGGCGGUCUGAACGACAGUGCGAGAGAUUUCAGUAGAGCGAGAUGGGAACCACGCGCUUUUCCCACAGAGGGGGAUAUACUGGGCAUUGCUCUCGCUGAGCGGGGACGAUGGUUGUUUACUCGCACGAGGAGAGAGGUACAUGCUUGGGAUCUGGAGGGAGGGGAGGGAGUGGCAGCAGAAUGGGAUUUGGAUGCUGGUCAGACGGUCGAGGAGGGGCAGGAGAUGGAGAUGGAACGCGUCCUCCAGGUUGAGCAGGAUGACGGGGACAUCCUCCUGCACAUCCCGCACAUGACCGGCAAGCAUAUCAACUCGCAGAUCCUUAGCUUCUCACCAACGACGCGCAAGUUCGACCUCCUCCGCGCACUCCACACCGCCCAACUCCCUAGCGCUACACGUACCUUCUCCCUCUCAGGUUCACUCGUAGCGUCAGAGUACGAGACUGCGAUCACCAUCUGGGACUGGAGAAAAGACGAAUGGAUCACCUUCACCGAGGAUAACUUCUUCGACGAGCCUGAGUGUCCAUUACACACGUCAGUACAACUACAUCUCGCUCCCCCGCGAGUAUUCGCUAUCUGGGGUGGAGAACUCAAGAUCUUCCAACUGCCUGCCCUCCGCCCCCGUCGAGCGCAGAACAAGCCAGCCUUCCUCACCCUCUCCCCGAUCCUCAAGCUUGCCCUCCAAUUGGCACCGAAUGCCAACCCCUGCCUAGGUCGUAUCGUCUCUGUAGAGGGCAUCAGAGGGUGGGACGUGGCGCUGAUGUACCCCCUGGAAGGACGAUAUGCCUUCUACUUUUAUGCGGUGAGGGCGCACGCUGUAGCGCCAGGAGUCGCGGCAUUCACCACGCUCCCAUUGAGCGUGCUCGGCUUCGCUCUCGAACUGGACGCCCUCUCCUUUUCAAUGCAUCCACUUUCCAACGACCCGCCGUUGAAUAAGUUCUUUGCCCAGCUGCAUAAUGACACCCCCGUCCCGGCGACACUAGCCGUCGUGCCCAGCAAGAAAGGCCCAUACGCACUCUUCCCUGUGAUGGGGAUGGUGUGGCUGCUUCAUGCCGGUCGGAACCACACAGCGCUGUUGACCUGCGCUCGGCUGGAGGAGCCGGUGAGCGCUGAUGCUGAGAUUGUGUGGGAUGCUAAGGGGAGGGCGGUGCUUUUGAACAGGAAGAAAGUGACGGUGCUGAAUAUGCUGUAA